AUGAAAGUGCGCAACACAGGGUCCAGACGGUUGUGUUUUCCCUUUGGCAGGCGGGCAGCCAUCAAGAUGUUUGGUGCAGGCCAGUCCUCCAAGGCCCAGUUCCUAGACAAAGCCCGCCAGGCGCGGGAGGAACGCCGUGAACUGAAGGAACGUGAGCGUGCCGCCAUACAGAUCCAGGCCCUCGUCCGGAGGUUUCUUUGCCGCUGCCGGCUCCAACGUGAAAUCAGGAAAGAAGUGGAUGCGUUUUUCGAUCCCGAUGGGUCUUGCAAUCCCAGUAAGAAGACGGCGCUUGCGAUCUUCAAAACAUCUCGAAAGCUGCUUUUCGUUUUCAGGUUGCAAGAGGAUAAGGAGAGAUUUGAAAAAUUGUGCCGCUGUAUCUUGCAGAGUAUGGACACCGAGAAUGAGCCCAAG